AUGAUGACGAAGAAGAAGCAGGAAGACCAGCGUUAGGAUUAGCUUUUGGUUAGCUUAACAUUAUAAAACACUGGAUGCUGUAAACAAACUAGGCUUCGAAGCAUAACAGUUGUGGCUUGUAGCAUUAACCUGCUACAGAGCUAACAGUCUAAUAUCAUAGAUCAUUGCGUUAUAAUGACGGAAUUGUUUAGCUUAGUUUAGCCAGCUGCGUAUUUAUAUAACAAGUUAUACGUAGCUGCGCAGUGAAAGUUAGCCAGUUAGCUCCGUGAUGUAGUGUUCUAAUUAAAUUUCCGGAUCGAUGUCUGAAAGUGAAGAAAGGGUUUAAUACUCGAGACCAGGAGAAAGAUGGGAACUCCGUUUAAGAUCCCGAAGAAGAAACAACUUUCGGAUUCCUCCGUCAUUCGCAUGACGUCACCUCUCUCGCGGCUUCAGGAUGACGUCACACCCAAAUCUCCCUGGAAUCGAGACGUUUUUAACAGGCAAAAGUUGAAUGGAAGCGGUUUUGCUAAUGGAAGAAGAGAAACCAAGCCAGGAUCUACUGGAGCUGACCGAUGGAGACCCAAGAGGGCAUCAGAUAAGCUGUGCCAGCGUGAAGACAGCAAACACACACCUGCAGCUAAGAAGCAAUGUGGUGAGGACAAAACACACAGCAGAGAGCCCGGCCUCACUGAGAAAUCUACAUCUUCACAGCCUGAGGAUGAGGAUGAUGAGGAAGAGGAUAAGAAGAUUGCUUCUCCAGUCAGAGAAGCAAAGAGCGCAAACACACAAGCAUCUGUGAACACAGCCGUAGUGGACAAGCAGAAUGGACAGGGCACACACUCCUCUUCUCACACACACUCUGAGGACAGAGUGCCGGCAAGGACAUCGAAAGACACAAACGUCCAGUCCGGUUCUGUCCAGAAAGCUGCCAGUGAUUGUUCUUACACCAGGAGGAAGCUGAGACUUACUCUGAAAACCUACCAGAGAACCAAAGCAAGCAGCAUAGAACCCAUUGUACUGUCUAGUGGUGAUGAAGAUGAGGAACAGGAUGAAGCACGCAGUGAAGCUCGACUUAAUCCCAAUCUACAGAAGAGCCAAAGGCCAGAAGUUCAGAGUUCAUCUCCUGCCACAAUGGACCUCGCCUUCUCCACUCUGUACUUUGGCACAACGUGGAGUCACGCCAAUGGUCCCAUCAUGAUUACGGAAGAGUGCAUCUUGAUUCGACUAAAAGGAGCGGAGGCUGUCGGUGGUGCUGGAGAGUGUGUGUCGGUGUGUGUGGUUCCCUCGGAGCUGCGAGCGUACGGCGUGUGGAAUGCCGUUGGCAGCGGGUUGAUGGAGCUGCGCGACUCUUCAUCCUCCCUCCUCUUCUUCAUUCUGAGUGACGCUCAGGCCCGACUGCUACACACCGAGCUCUCUGUGCUACACAAACACACAGCUCCACCCUCGCCAUUUGUGUUGUUGCACCUGACUGGUCGAUUGGACGACCUGCAGGAAGCUACCUUAGCAUCUCUGAUGGAGGUGAUGGCUGUGAGGAGCGGACACACGUCCCUGGGAACACCGCUGUCCCGGGAGGAGGGACUGAAACGAGUAAUGUCCCACUGUCACGGUGCCCAAUUUCUCACGCUGCUGGGCUGCAAAGUAACCAAUCAGGAGAGUCAGAAUGGGACCAGAAGCGUCAGAGCCCCUGCACUCAUGGGUAUCAGACACACACUACGCAGCCAUACAAGACAGCCAAGCAUGCCCAAAAGGUUAAUUCAAUACCCCCCUCCACCCUCGAAAGGCGCCAUCACCGUGACAACCGAAGACCUGGAGUGCCUUAGGGAUGGUGAAUUCCUCAAUGAUGUCAUCAUCGACUUCUACCUCAAGUACCUGCAGUUAGAGAGAGCGGAUCGGGACGUGGCCGAAAGGUCGCACAUCUUCAGCAGCUUCUUCUACAAGCAGCUCACACGCAAAGCAAAUAGCAGCGAAGAGGACGCGGGCGGCACAGCGCAGUACAGACGCCAUGGGAGAGUGAGAACGUGGACCAGAAAUGUCGACAUCUUCAGCAAGGACUACCUCUUCAUACCUGUCAAUCAGGAAGCCCACUGGUACUUGGUAGUGAUCUGUUUCCCGGGCCUGCUGCAGUCCGAGUGCGUGCCGUGGAAGAAAAGCCAAACAGAAAGUUUGGUUGAUCCAAAGGCCAACUCAAAGGACAGCAAUCUUCCGGACUGCACAGUGCUCACCUGCAAGAGGAACAUGGUGACCAGAAGGCCUUGCAUUCUGAUCAUGGACUCUCUGAAGCUGUCCUACCACUAUCGCAUCUACACGCUGCUACAAGAGUACCUACAAGUGGAGUGGGAGGUGCGUAGAGGAACUCCACGAGUGUUCAAUAAUGACAACAUUAAAGGGAGCCACUGCAAAGUGCCACUACAGGACAACAGCAGCGACUGUGGACUUUACCUGCUGCAGUAUGUGGAGAGUUUUCUGCAGAAUACAAUUGUACACUUUGAGCUCCCGCUCCGGCUCGAACGUUGGUUUCCCCGGCAACAGGUCCGCAGGAAGAGAGCAGAGCUCCGUGAGCUGGUUCUUGAGCUGUACCAGAAGCAAGUGGGCGGAGCUAUCCAAAGCAGCUAACGGGACUGGACGAAGGGUUGGACAUCGAUGUAUUGUACCACGGUUUUACGGCGCUGCACUAAUACACACACACGACUCAUUUUGAAACAUGUUACCAUGCUGAAGCGUGCAAGACAUGAUUUUCAGUUACGUUCCUUUGAAUACACGUCGCACAGAGAACACCUUAGUAUUAAUGCGUGUUAGUUUGUGCGAUCAAUAAUUGUGUAAAGGCAACUAAGGGAGUAAGAAUGGAAAAACCCUUUUACAAAGACGUGAAGAAUAUUUGUAUUUCCUGUUAAUUUAUUAUAUUUGUAUAGUCUGUGUUUUAAUAUAUGAAGGCAAAAAUAAAGUAAGAAAUGUUAUGCUUCUUAAGACUUGUGCGAAUUUAUUAUCAGUGGUUUGUGUGUG